AUGGACGCCUUCAAGUUGUUGACCAGGUCAACAAAAUUAAAGCCUUCCACGCCGACUACUACUAGCCGGCUCCCUUCCGCUGGCAAGGCAGCUAACCCGCAACUCUUUGGUUCUGCAGAAGAGCUUCAGUCCAGCAAAAAAAGGAAGCGACAUGCAGAUCAAGUACCGGAAGAUAAAAACGAUGAUUUUGAGGCCACUCAGCGUCUCUUGUUCGGUGGCGGACAUUCGACAGCUGCUCCCGCUACUACGGGAGUAAAAGAAUCUAAAAAGACUCAAAAAUCUAAAAAAGAUGAAUCUGCAAAGAACGACAAGACAGAAGCCCCAGAUGAUUCAGAUUCAGAACAACAAGAUCAAGGCGAUGUCAUGGACGAGUCUGAGCGUCGGACAAUUCUAAAAACUCACAAGAUAAAAAUCGUCGACUUGAGAGAUCUCGAAGACAUUCUGGCGGACAAGGCUGAUGACCACGACGAUGAUGAUGAUGCCAAAGCUAAGAAGAAGAAGAAACGAAAAAUCAGCAAGGAGAUAGCUGCCCUCAGCAAAAAGAGACAGAAACAGGCUAGACAACUUUAUCCAGAGCCUUUGACUUCAUUUCAAGAUUUGCGAAAGAAAUAUCAGAUUUCCAGGAAAUUAGCAGAGAACAUUGCCGAACAAGGUUUCACAGUGCCAACUGAGGUGCAGAUGGGCAGUUUGCCGCUUCUCCUUGGAAGUACAUCGCCUACAAAAGAUGCUCAGGAGCCUGAUUUGCUGGCUGUCGCACCUACGGGUAGCGGGAAGACGCUGGCUUUCCUCAUUCCUUUGAUCAACAAGACGGUCCGAUAUCAUCGAGAGAACCCGGGACAACGCGAGAUCUCGUCGAUUGUCGUCGCGCCUACGAAAGAGCUUGUAGGUCAGAUUGUCAACGAGGGGCGCAAACUGGCAGUCGGAACGGGCGUGAAGAUUACAGCCAUGAGAAAAGGAAUGCAGGUUGUGGUUCGACCUGAGGAAGAUGACGCGGGCGAAGAUUCGGAAGAUUCAGCGUCUGGAUCUGAGUCUGACGACGCAGAUGAAGAGAAGUCGGCGAAAUCAAAAGACAGCAAAAAGUCAGAUAUUCUGACAAAGAGUGACAUCCUCGUUACAACACCACUUGCCUUAGUUAAUGCUCUGUCCGUGAAGGAUACGGAAGAGAAGGAGUCGCUUCCUUCGGUGCGUCAUCUCGUACUAGACGAGGCAGAUGUGUUGCUCGAUCCAUUAUUCCGCGAACAAACACUCGCAAUCUGGAAUUCAUGCACCAAUACCAAUCUCGGAAUAUCUUUCUGGUCCGCCACAAUGGGCUCAAGUAUCGAAGAACUUACAAAAUCGACACUUGAAUCGCGUCAUGAGUCGCUUAAUGCAGAAAAGAGACCUCUACUUCGACUAGUCAUUGGUCUCAAGGAUUCAGCUGUGCCAAAUAUUCAACACAAACUCAUCUACGCUGCUACUGAGCAAGGUAAAUUGCUUGGAUUGCGACAAUUGCUUCAUCCUACUGCUGCUAUCGCUCCCAAUGAAGUUCGACUUCGUCCACCCUUUCUCGUCUUCACACAGACCAUUACUCGAGCCGCCGCAUUACAUUCAGAGUUGCUGUACGACAUCCCAAUUGAAGCCGGCGGCUCAUCUCGCAUCGCUGUUCUUCACUCCGAUUUAUCCGAAACACGUAGAUCCGAAAUCAUGAAAGGCUUCCGAAAAGGCGAAAUCUGGAUUAUCAUCACAACCGACCUGUUGGCCCGCGGCGUGGAUUUCCGUGGUAUCAACGGUGUUGUGAACUAUGAUAUCCCAACAUCAAGUGCAGCAUAUGUUCAUCGAGUCGGCCGAACGGGCAGAGCUGGCCGUGAGGGAGGUGUUGCCGUGACAUACUACACGAAGGAGGACAUUCCAUAUGUCAAGAGCAUUGCCAACCUCAUUCACGCCAGUGAGAAGCUUCAGGGCAAAGAGCAGUCUGUGCAGAAGUGGCUUCUUGACUCUCUCCCAGAUCUCAGCAAAAAGGAUAAACAAGACCUGAAAAGACAUGGCGUUAAAGCUCGCGCGGCUUCUGCUAAGCUCAAACACGAUACUGAGAAGGGUGGGAAAGCUCGUAUCAGUACAAAGAGUGGAUACGAUCGUCGCAUGGAAAAUAAGAGGAAGGGCGCUAUUUCUGCAAGUCGCAACAGGGCUCAGCAAUCUUCGACCGCAAAGGAUGCUGCGGAUAGUGGUGAUGAUGAGUGGCAAGGAUUAGAUGAUUAG